AUGAAGAACACCGAGCGAAUUGCGAAUUUGGCUUUGUUAGGUUUAACGUUAGCACCCCUUGUUGUGAAAGUAGAUCCGAAUUUAAAUGUUGUUUUGACUGCUUGUAUCACUGUGUUUGUGGGAUGUUACCGAUCCGUCAAACCAACUCCACCUACUGAGACAAUGUCAAAUGAGCAUGCUAUGCGUUUUCCAUUUGUUGGGAGUGCGAUGCUAUUAUCGCUUUUCUUACUGUUUAAGUUUCUAUCUAAGGACUUGGUGAACACUGUGUUGACAGCCUACUUCUUUGUACUUGGGAUUGUUGCACUAUCCGCCACAUUGUUGCCAUCUAUUAAACGCUUUCUACCAAAUCAUUGGAAUGAGAACCUCAUAGUCUGGCGUUUUCCAUAUUUCCGCUCUAUCGAGAUUGAGUUUACAAGGUCACAGCUCUUUGCUGCAGUCCCUGGCACUUUUUUUUGCGCCUGGUAUGCUUUGAAGAAGCAUUGGCUGGCAAAUAAUAUAUUGGGUCUUGCUUUCUGUAUUCAGGGAAUUGAAAUGCUUUCUCUAGGCUCUUUCAAGACCGGUGCUAUUCUUUUGGCUGGUCUUUUUGUAUACGACAUUUUCUGGGUUUUCUUCACUCCAGUGAUGGUCAGCGUCGCAAAAUCAUUUGAUGCUCCUAUUAAGCUUCUGUUCCCCACAGCAGAUUCGAUAAGGCCAUUUUCAAUGCUUGGACUUGGUGAUAUUGUUAUUCCCGGUAUUUUCGUGGCAUUGGCUUUGCGGUUUGAUGUGUCUAGAGGAAAACCACCCCAGUACUUCAAGAGUGCAUUUUUAGGAUACACUUUUGGCGUGGUCCUUACAAUUGUUGUGAUGAACUGGUUUCAGGCUGCUCAGCCCGCACUUUUGUAUAUUGUACCUGCUGUAAUUGGAUUUUUGGCUGCCCAUUGUAUUUGGAAUGGUGAAGUCAAACAGUUGUUGGAAUUUGAUGAGUCCAAGGCUGCUAAUUCAUCAAAAGAAGAGAGUGAUGCCAAAUCUAGCAAAAAAGAUGAAUAA